UCUCCGAAGGCAUCGCAAGAAGAAGUCCAAGUCAAAAAGAAUCUGCUGCUUGGCAAGUGCGACUCGUGCGAAGUUGCAACUUGCAAAGAAAGGAAAACAUUUAAAAAAUCAUAAGAGGUUCUCAUUUAUCAUUUUCAAUCUCACAUUCACAUUGCAGCAGGCACGAAGAAACUACCUACCGAGAGUUGAGAUCUCAGAUAUAAAUCAUAUAAUACAAAAGAACUCUAGGAAGGCAGAUCUACUGUACAAAAGAUCUCAGAUCGAGCAAAGUAAAGCAAGCAGAAUAUGGCUUCUCUGACCACAGCAGCAGCCAGUUCUUCAUCUUCGUCUCUCCCAUGUUCUUCUCCUAAUCACCAAAAUCAUUACACAUACGAGGUGUUCCUGAGUUUUCGAGGCGAGGAUACGCGCUUUAAUUUCACAGAUCAUCUGCAUAGCCGUUUGUGUGAGAGGGGAAUUGAGACCUUCAUAGAUGAUGAGCUCAGAAGAGGAGAAGAAAUAUCAGCAGCUCUUGUCAAAGCAAUUGAGGAGUCGAGAGUUUCAAUCAUUGUCUUCUCUCAAAAUUAUGCUUCGUCAAGGUGGUGCUUAGAUGAACUGGUCAAGAUACUUGAAUGCAGAAAAUCCAAAGGACAGGAGGUUAGAGUGCUUUUCUACAAGGUGGAUCCCUCAGAUGUUCGACACCAAAGUGGUGCUUUCGGUGACGCAUUUGCUACACUUGAUCAAUGCAAAUACGAGGAUAGCAUGGGCAAAUGGAAGGCAGCUCUCAACGAAGCAGCAGAUUUGUCUGGAUGGCCUUUCAAGGACGGCGAGUCUGAGGCUAAAUUUAUCAAGAAGAUUAUUGAUGAGUUGUCAGCCCGAGUAGUUAACCCUUCAUGUGAGUUGCACGUUACAGAACAUCCAAUUGGAUUAGAGUCUUGUAGACAAGAUGUCAAUAGACUUCUACAUGUCGAGGAAGAUAUUGUUCGCAUGGUAGGCAUAUGGGGGCCAGGUGGAAUAGGAAAGACCACAAUUGUGAAAGAUGUGUUUAAUUCAAUUCGCCAUAAGUUUGAAGGUAGCUGUUUCUUGGCAGAUGUUAGAUCUAAGUCAAGUGACCUAGCCCAACUGCAAGAGACACUUUUGUUUGAUCUUUUAAGGGACAGAGAAUUGAAGGUGUGCAAUGUUGAUGUAGGAGUAAGUUUGAUAAAGACAAGGAUGCGAAAUAAAAAAGUUUUCUUAAUCCUUGAUGACGUGAGUCAUUUUAGCCAAUUACAAAACUUAAUUCCAUCCCCUGAUUGUUUUGGGCCUGGUAGUAGAAUUCUCAUAACAACAAGAGAUAAACGUUGGCUAAUUGCUCAUCAAGUUGAUGAUGUAUAUGAGGUCAAGAUGUUAAAUGAUCGUCAAGCUAUGAACUUAUUUAGUUUGAAUGCAUUCAAAAGAAAUAGACCUCCAGGCGAUUAUUUGAAACUUGCACAAUGUGCAGUAUGCUAUGCCCAGGGCCUUCCAUUAGCUUUGAUAGUUUUAGGCUCACAUCUAUUUGGUAGAAGCAGAGAGGAGUGGGAAGCUACCUUAGAUAGUUGUAGGGGAGAAGAUCCCCACAGAGAGAUAAGAGACGUGCUCAAAAUAAGUUAUGAUGCUCUGGGAGAAGAUUUAAAAGGAUAUUUUCUUGAUAUAGCUUGUUUCUUUAAAGAUGAGGAAGUAGACCAUGUGAAACCAAUACUAGAUGCUUGCUACGACGUCAAAUCAGUGAAUGGUAUUGCACAACUCCAAGAAAAGGCCUUAAUAAGAAUUGACAAAGAUUGGAAGGGUUGUAGGAUUUGGAUGCAUGACUUGAUAGAAGAAAUGGGUAAAGACAUAGUGUAUCAAGAGUCACCUGAUGAACCUGGGGAACGCAGCAGAGUGUGGAAUGAAGAAGAUGUCAACGACAUUCUAACAAAUAAUACAGGAACAAAUAAAGUUAUAGGCAUUCAGGUCCCGUGGCUAUCAUCUACGACAUCUUUGAAUGCUAAAAGCUUCUCAGGGAUGACGAAGCUUAGAUAUAUUUCUAUGAGGGGGAUGAUGAAAUAUGAAUCCUUUUCUAGAGAUAUUGAUUAUCUCUCCAACCAGUUGAGGUGGCUUGAUUGGCCAAAAUGUCCGUUGCAAUGUUUUCCAUCCGAUUUUCAUGCAAACAAACUUGUAAAUCUCGAUAUUUCUGGCAGCCGCAGAAUCACACAACUAUGGGAGGGACGUAAGAAUUUUUCAAGGUUAACAUGUAUGAAUUUAAGGGGUUGUGAAUCCCUAACAGAACUCCCGGACUUCAGUGGAAUCCCCAACUUAAAUGAGUUGGAUCUAUGUGACUGUAAGAGUCUAGUUGAGGUGCAUGAUUCUGUUGGAUUCCUUCCUAACCUUGUUAUUCUGAAUUUAAGGGGUUGUGAAUCCUUAACAGAACUCCCAGACUUGAGUGGAAUCCCUAACUUGAAAGAGUUGGAUUUAUAUUACUGUAAGAGUUUAGUUGGGGUUCCUGAUUCCCUUGGAUUUCUUUAUAAGCUUGUUACCUUGAAUGUUGGCGGGUGCUCUAAUCUUCUUAUGUUUCCAAGAAAAAUCAACUUGAAAUCUCUAGAAACUAUUUCUAUCUACUGUUGCAAGCUUAAAGAAUUUUCGAAAAUUGGGGAAGGGAUGAGUUUCUUGAGAAAAUUGGAUCUAUCAGGCACUUGCAUUAAAGAAUUGGAUGAGUCAAUUGGAAAUCUCACUGGGCUUGAAGUGUUGAAUCUUGAUAAUUGCAGAAAUUUUAUGACUCUACCGUGCAGCAUUUAUGAGUUGCAAGAUUUACGGACGCUUACUCUUUAUGAUUGCUCAAAACUUGUCAGAUUUCCAAGAAAAAUCAACAUUUUGAAUGUCGAUGGUUGCUCUCAAUCAUUUCCCAAGCUACAGGCGUUGGAUAUCGGAGGAUGCAGUUUAUCAGAUUGUGAUUUCCUCAUGACUCUUGAUUGCUGGGAAACAUUAGAGUACCUUAGUCUGUCAAGAAACAAUUUUGUUAGUCUUCCUGCUUGCAUCACCAAAUUUGUCAAGUUGCGAUGGCUUUUCUUGGAGGGUUGCAAGAGACUCCAAGAAAUUCCAGAGCUUCCGCCAAAAGUUAAAGUCUACUCAUCCUUGAUACAGGAGGCAUCUCCGUCAUCAAGGCUUUCUUUGUCUUUAGACCCAUCAAUGGCAUCACUGGCUGCGUUGUCAUUGCUAUCUCCCUCUCUCUAUGAAACCGACAGAGAACCAACACCAGUGAAUCCUCCGAAACGACAACGCACUGGGGCAUCAAUGGUCCACUUUGCAUAUGAAUUGACUACCUCCCCAAUCCCAAUGUUCCCGGACCUGCACAGCGCCCAUCACUCAACUACUACCCCAUAGCUUCAAAACCAAGAGGAACCAACUGAGUUGUCAUGGCUUUCUCUGUCUUCAGAACCAACAAAACCUGGUGGAGCAGUUAAAGGUGAUCAAGACCAGUGGCUGUCUCUGAACUCUGAUUCUCUGAACCAUCCACUUUAGAGUUUAGACAAUAACAUCAUUUAGUUGAGACAGAGAGGUUUGGGUAUGACCCUAUUUUGGGGCUGUCUUCAUCUGCUAUUUACUUAUCAAUCUACUUUGUGAAUCUUUAAGAAUGCAGUGAUGCUAGCACAUGAUAUGAGAAAAUGCAGAAGCAUAUGAUCAUGGAGAUUCUUUCAAGCCAACUAAUGCUAUCGAUGACUAAAACUUACCUGUUGGGGACUAUAGAUUUUGCACUUGGAAAGGUUACAAACUCUGGCCAAGUUGGCUACAUGGUGAUUUCAGCUGAGUGAGAUGACCGCAGAUGAUCUAAAAGCAAAGAAGUUCUAGCCUGGCUUUGGCUAAGAAUCUUGCUUCAAGGUGAUGCGGCAGGUGUGUGCUGACCUUCUUGAUUAAAAUGGCCUAGAAUUGGUUUUCAUUGUUUUUAAGGAUGGAAUUGAUAUUGUGAGAGUGGUAUGCCGAUUCGAAUGCCGAGCAAUAAGUUGCCGAAAGACAGGCAUUUGAUUGGGGAUAGUGUGGUUUACGAUGUGGGUGUUUGGUUGCCCGAGGAGUUUCAGCCGCAGCUAGAAGUUACCCCCAUAACUAAGUAUGAUUCGGAUCCUCAGCUGGAAUUGGGCCGCCAAAUUGCGGUGAAUAACUCUUAUAUAUGCUAUGGAUAUUUGAAGCAGGGGAAUAUUCAGGUUUUGAAUAUACACGCUGCAUUGAGAUUGUUGUUUCGAGCUCAUACAUAGAGGGUCACAGACAUGGCUUUCUUUGCCGAGGAUGUUCACCUUUUGGCUAGGUCCAGAUGAAGAUGGUACGCCACUAAUCACAGGAAGGAUUGUUAUGGCCAUUCAAAUAGUUGGUGAGGGGGAAGCUGUUCAUCAACGAGUUUGUUGGCAUUGUCAUAAACAAGAUGUUUUGGUUGUUCGGGUUGGGAAGCGUGUUCUACAAAUUGAUACUACUAAAGUUGCAAAGGGUGAAGUCCCUUCUGCUGAGGAUCCUAUUAAGUGUCCUGUUGAAAAGCUUAGUGAUGGGGUCCAAUUUGUUGGUAAACAUGAUGGAGAGGUGACAGAUUUAUCAAUGUGCCAAUGGAUGACCACCUGGCUGGUUUCUGCUUCUAUGGAUGGAACUAAAAAGAUCUGGGAAGAUCGCAAGUCACAACCACGUUUAGUAUUGAGACCCUAUGAUGGCCCUCCUGUUCAUUCGCCUACAUUUGUGACAGCUCCAAAGAGGCCUGAUCACAUCACACAUAUAGAAGUGGGCCCACCUAAUCGGGAAGUGAAGAUCUGGUCCUCAGAGAGUGAAGAAGGCUGGCUGCUUCCCAGUGAUGCUGAGUCGUGGAAAUGUACUCAGACCUUAAGAGUUAAAGAGCUCUGCUCAACCUCGAGUUGAGGAUUUUAAUCAAGUCAUAGCAUUGUCACAAGCUGGCCUUCUUUUAUGUGCAAAUGCUAAGAAUAAUGCUAUCUAUGCCGUGCACUUAGACUUUGGUGGUGAGCCAGCAUCUACACGCAUGGAUUAUAUAGCAGAAUUUACUGUUGCAAUGCCUAUUUUGGAGCUUCACUGGGACAAGUAUAUCACCUAAUGGUGAACAAAUUUAUUGUGUCCAAACACAAGGCCAUUCAACAGUAUGCUUUGGACUUAUCCAACUGCUUGCCUCCCCCAUUGGAGAAUUCAGGUUUAGAAAAUUCAAAUUCCAGUGUCUCACAUGAUGAAACUGAGGCGGUGUCAACUAUUUCAGCACCGAAACCAACCAUACAAGCUACUAGUUCUGUGGGUGCAGUUGCCUUGAGGUAUCCUGUGCGUACUGGUUUGGUUGGUGCUGCCAAACAUAUAUUUACUUUCAUGUUAAUCUUCCAAGGAUUGUACCAUAUAAAUGGUAUACUUGACCAACUUUGCAAGUAGUGAAGAAUUGCAUUCUUUCGUUGUGGCUGUAAGCGACAGACAUUGCUGUACUAUAUGGGAAUGUAUGAUGAGGCUGCUUCAUAGAAGCCAAUCUGUAGGAUUUGUAUUAAACUCGUAUAUUUCGUUGUUCACAUCUAGAAAUACAAGAAUAUUAUUAUCUGAA